CAUCAUCUGCGCUAAACGUCGCCCACAUUCAUUUCUGUUUGGACUUUACGCCUCGUUUUGUGUUCAAGCGCUUGCCACGUGGAGGCAGGCGUGAGAAUUCAGCACCUGAGUACAGGUGGCUAUCUCUGAAAACAAACACGUAUAUAGAUUUACAAAUACUCCUAGGAGGCUGAUAACACAGUUAUUGGAAAUGGAGAUGGAGAAGUCUUCUCACAACAGGACUCUAUUGAGAAACGAUGGAAUAAAGUUAAACCAUCUGGCAUUACCAGCAGUGUAGUGUCUGGCACUAUAGAAGAGUUUAUGAAGAUUUCAAAGUGGCAGUUGUACACCUGAAUGACAUGCAGCACCAAAGGAAAGGGGAUACAGAAACAGGGCUGGCCACUGUGGACUCGAUAGAAGUGUCUCACCUGUACACGUCGGACGCGUGCUUCCCUCACCUCAGGGAGGAUCAAAAUUUCUCCUCAUUGUCAAAAGUAAACAGAGAUUCAGUGAGGCAAUACCUUCAAUUCAGAACUGACCAAUCAGUGAUCAUCUUGCAUGCCAAAGUUGCUCAGAAGUCUUACGGCAAUGAGAAGAGGUUUUUCUGUCCGCCUCCUUGCGUGUAUCUCACUGGACACGGAUGGAAACUCAGACAGGAGCAGCUCAAAGCAUCAGGUCUAGGAGAGUCAAGUUGUCGGCUUUUCGGUUACAUGGGUCUGGACAGCUCCGCUGAUCCCCGGACAGACAGUUUCAAGCUGAGCUUUGAGGAGCAGACAGACAGGAGGAUGUUUGCCUGCGCAAAAACCUUGUAUAUCUCAGAUACGGACAAGCGAAAGCACUUUCGUCUGCUGCUGCACAUGUUUCACAGCGGAGGGCAAGAAAUUGGCACAUUUAACAGCAGACUCAUUAAAGUCAUCUCCAAACCAUCACAGAAGAGGCAGUCCAUGAAAAACGCUGACCUGUGUAUUUCCUCAGGCUCAAAAGUGUCAUUGUUCAACCGUUUGCGGUCGCAGACGGUCAGUACACGUUACCUGGCGGUGGAAGAUGGGGUUUUUGUCGCCAGCGCGAGACAAUGGACAGCCUUCACUGUCAACUUAGUGGAGGACAUGCAAGCCGCUCAUAGUGAAUACACCAUGUGUGACAGCUACAUCUGUUACGGCUGUGUGGUUCAGCUGGUAUGCACCGACUCAGGAGUGGCACUGCCACCGAUGGUAAUACGUAAAGUGAAUAAGCAGCAUGCAUGUCUAGACGUGGAUGAACCUGUGUCUCAGCUUCAUAAAUGUGCUUUCCAGUUCAGAGACAGUAGUCACAUGUACCUUUGCCUGUCUAAUGAAAAAAUCAUACAGUUCCAGGCCUCUCCGUGUCUUAAAGAAAGUAAUAAGGUGUUGCUGAAUGACGGCUCCUGUUGGACCAUCAUUGGAACGGAGGUGGUUGAAUACACCUUCAGUGAGAGUCUGACCAGUCACCCGACCACCAUCAGCCCUGUACCAGUCAUCAGUGGACUAGAGUUGAAUGGAGGAGGACAUGUGGCCAUGUUGGAGCUUCACGGAGAAAACUUUGGUCCACACCUAAAAGUCUGGUUUGGUAACAUGCAGGCAGAGACAAUGUUCAGGUCCUCCAGGUCUCUGCUGUGUGUCGUCCCUGAUGUAUCCAUACUGAGCGGCGAGUGGAGAUGGAUGAGACAACCAAUCACAGUGCCUUUAUCUCUGAUCCGAUUGGACGGGCUGAUCUACAGGAGCUCGUACUCGUUCACUUACACACCAGAGCACAGCGCCCCCUCUCAAACAAACGGUACAGCAGAGCGAUCCGCAGACUCGGACUCGCUCAUAGACACCAUUCACCAGGAGUUCACACGGACGAACUUUCACCUAUUUAUGCAGAGCUGAGAACACACACAAGUAUUCUUGUCAGAUUACGUCCAGUCUUGGCUCAAUUCUAGUCUCUUGUUAACACUUACACUAACAAGGAAAACUCUCACAGCAUGCAAUCGCGUAGAGCUUUAGGGAGCUAAUGCACUAGAGACGGCUCCGAUGGGGCGUUUGACAUGUAGGUAUGCACAGGGUCUGUGUGUUAGGGCUGUGGGGAGAGCUGGGUCGAAGGAAUACAGUUAAUUGGAUUCAUGAAACUGGACCUGCCUCUGUGAAGUUCUCAUUGUCUCAUUGGUCGUUAGAUGCUCAGGUCAGAGGCUGCUGCAGCAAACAUUUCAAUUCUAACUGAGCAUCACUUACAAUAAACACUUAUAUUCUCUACUGUCUUGCUCUGCACAUUAAAAUCAACAGCAUAAACUAGUGUGGGUGAACAGAUAAUGCUUGGAAAAAUACACAUUUUUUUUCAGCAAGGAUGCAUUAAAUUGGCCGUUUUAAAUAAAUGCUGGGAUUCUAAACUCGCUGUUCAUAUUUUCUGUUUCCACCAAAAUAUGAAACGGCUUUUAACAUUAUUAAGAAAUGUUUAUUAAACCACAAAUCACCAUUUGAUGCUGAAAAUUCUGCUUUUGAUCACAAGAAUAAAUUACAUUUUACAGUAUAUGAAUUUGUAAGUCAAUUUAAUUUGUAAUAAUAUUUCGUAAUAUUUGUGUCUUUACCGUAUAGUGUCUUUAACAUAUUGCUGCAGCCUUGGUAAGCAUAAGAGACUUUAAAAUGUGAUAUGAUUUUUUAAAUUUUUUUUUUGUUCAUUUAAUCCAACCUAAAUAAAAGUGUAAAUUUGUCCAAUAACUCGUAUAAAUUUGAACGAUACAUAUACGACUGUCCAGUUCAUCAAAUAUAAGAUGUAUAGCAGAAUAUAGCUAUUAAACCAAACAGCUUUCACGAGUAUAAAAAUCCAGCACUUUUACGCUACUCUUAUUUGUGACAUUUGUGUACAGAGCUUUCGAUCCUGCCACUUUACACUACAACAGCGGUGCUAACAUUUUCUGUUGCGGAAUUGAAUUAUCAAUAUGGCUUGUGUCUAAUUAUAAUCAAUGCAGUUAUGCAAUUUAUAUUAUUAUGUCCUCCGUCUCAACUUACUCUGCUUCUGGUAUCUUUUACGUAACACUGCACAUAACUUUACACAAAGCGGCUAUUAUACAGCACUGCCGCCACAUCCAAGAUCAUCUUCAAAGGAUGAAAGCUAAGAACAUGAAUU